UUCGAAGAGUUUUGCUGAUUUUCGCGUUAUUGUACUUUUAUCGUUACCAUCUAUAGUUGGAAAACUUAGAAAAUAUAUUUUCUUUUUUUUAAUUAAAAGCGAAAUAUAUAUCAUAUUUUUGCCAAGAUUUAUUCAAUGGAAAAUUAGUACCAAGACUGGCGUUUAAUUUCAAAUUCAAUAAUACAACGCCUUUGUUUACCAACAUUUGAUAAUAGCAAACCUUAGUCAUACGUAUGUACAUACAUAUAUCAAAACACGUUGUUUACAUAUAUAUCAGCAUUUCCCAGAAAAGAUGCACCAUAAAUUCGGCCCUUUAAUGAUGCCCCCCCCCCCUUUUACUCCCACCUUUCAAUGAGCUCAAUAAGAGAAAGGCCCACAGUUGUUAGGUCACCGGCAUUAUUUAAUUUUGAGCCUUCGACGAUAUUAGAUGCCAAGUACUCUCUCAACAUUCGGCAAAACUCCAAAUGGGAAUCGUUAGGAAAUUGGUGUUCCUAACCUCCAAGUCGGCCCACCUUCAUCGAGUCGCCAAGCAGAAGCCGUUUCCUUCUCUGCUCCAAAACAUUUUCUCUCCUCGUCGAAGUAGUUGCAGAGAACAUCGGCUAAAUCAGAACUCCAGUGUCGUCAGUGAGGCCGAAAAGAAGCCAUCGACCAACAGCGUCAACACAGAAUGCAAGCUUGAUUCGGACUUUGUCGUCACGUUCAAUUUUUCUUAGAGAAUGGCCAAGACCAAGACUAUCAGCAAGGGCUGCCCAAAAUGCGAACAACAGGUUCCUGUUGCUUGUAAAGCCUGUCCCUGUGGGCACUCCUUUUUCAAUGCACGCAGAAACUCCAUUAAAAGCCCUCCCAGUCCUGAGGGUGGUGCUAUGAAGACAAGACGGACUAAUCGAAUAAAGAGAGAGAAGCCAAAUUAUUAUGAUUCUCUUGAAUAUGACAAACAAACACGUAAAAGUGCUAAGUUGAGAAGAGCUGCUGAAACAGGAUCUGAUAAUGACUGCCGCCAAUUAAAUAAGAAAAAGAAAAGGAAAGGAAAAGGCAAAGGAAAAGGAGGUGGAAGUAGUGGGGCUGGAGAUGAUGAUGAUGAAAUGGAAGGUGUCUCUAGUUUAUCUCCAGAGAAACAGCUUACGUGUUCACUAAUUCUACAAGAACUUAAUAACAAAAUGAGUACUGUUGCUUGGAAGCCUAUGUGAAAAAGUGUCAAGUUUUUUUCUUGAGUGAUGACAAGGUUUUGAUUUGGUUUCAUAUGACUUCUGCCAAUUUUUUUGGUGACUACCUCGAUUAAUUUCUAAGUUUAUAUGUAUGAUUCAUACAUAAAUUUGCUAGAUUCACUAGACUUGUAUAUACUAGGUAAAAAUAAUUCUAUGCAAUUACUACAUGAUAAAUUGGUGCAAAGAUAAAGUAUAGUCACUUGAAUUACUUGUAUUGUACAAUAGAAAAUCAUUUAGCUUGUCAAUGAUAUAGAUCUAUUUUAAUACAAGCUGGUAAAAUAUAUUGAGUAUAUGAGUUUUUUAUUAAUUGAUGUUAUUUCCUCAAGCAUCGACCAAUUUAUCAUGACUUACUUUUAUCUUUGGCACAUUAUACUGCAGUUUUUAACAAUUUUGUAAUAGAGAAUAAUUUAAACACGGUAAUAAUUAUUCUAAAUUAAAAAUUGUAAAAUGCAUACAACAACAGUAUUUGAUAUUAAUUCCUCAAACAUCAAUUAUAUUGUUAAAAACGUUCAGUCUUCAUCUUACUGCAAUAAUAAUUGUAUAUUUUACGUUUUUUCUUAGAAAACUUAGAAAUUUAAGGCGUUGUAAUACUUUUAUAUAAGGCUGUUACUUUACGUUAAAUAAGCGUUGCCUUACUAUGAUUCUGUAUAGUACAUUUAUUUUAACAGAAGAUAUACCUAUAACAAAUUAAAGAGUUGAAAAAAAGAGUCAACUCGAAAGCUCUAUAACGAAGCAAUUUUUAAUAUGAAUAAAUGUGAACGUUUUCAAUAAAAAAAAUUGUCUUUUAUUUAA